AUGAACCGGGGACGGCGCUUCUUCCUCCUCACCAUCGCCUCGGUGCUCGUCCUCAUUGGACCUUUCCUCAUCGGAUACCACUUCAGCGCGAUCCGUGAUGUCUCCCUCCAACUCUACCACGGCUCUCCCUCAAUACCCUCCUUCUCGAAGACCCCCGACCCCCUAACCCGUAAAAUCCAUCUGAUUCUCCCCGCCACAGGACCCACGAUCGACCUGUGCAAACUGCUUCUUUCCGGCGGAAUCUUGGGCUACCCGGAGCCAAUCUUCAUAGGAUGGGAGGGUAGAGGAAUCUUCAAUGGAAGCCAGUCUCAUCUCUUCAAGAUCACAGAAACGCUCACUUACCUCCGAACCCUACCCCGGGAAGCGGAUACAGACAUGAUCGUCAUUCUCGACGCAUACGACAUCUGGCUCCAACUUCGACCGGACGUCCUCCUCAAUCGCUACUACGAAGUCCUCCGCAAGAAUGACUUGCGGCUCCAGAAGGAUGGAAUCCUGGGGAAGCAGAUCAAUGGCUACAAGAUUGAGAGUAAGAUCAUCAUCGGACCAGACAAGAUCUACUGGCCUCAAGGGCCCGAAGACCCCGCGACUUGGGCUGUUCCGCAGUCUCCAUUGCCCGAGGACAUCUUUGGUCCGGACACCGACACCGACGCGCCCACGUCUCGACCGCGCUGGCUGAACAGCGGAACCAUCAUGGGGCCGGCGAAGGAGAUGAGAGACUACUUCGCCGCGACGGUGGACAUGGUGUCCAAGAUUUACGAUUCGAGCUGGGAAUUCCGCACCUCGGACCAGUACUACUUCGCCGAAGUCUGGGCGGAGCAGGAAGUCAUGAGGCGGAAAUUACAAGCGGAACUGAAAGGGCAGGCCUUCCAGCCGUCGCUCGUGCCGGGGACCAACGAGACGGGCAUCGUGCCGCACAUCCCCGCGGGCAAGAGGACGGAAUAUGGCAUCCUGCAGGACUACAACACCGACGUCUUCCAGACGGCGGCGGGCUUCGAACUCUGGCUCACGUGGAUGCGCUUCAACGGGAGCACCAAACCCGCCGACCUCUCCCGCCGCCGCCGCAGCAGCAGCAGCACGGAAACGCGCAUCGACGAGAUGCCACUCCCCGCGUACGUCCGCGACAGCGCUCCCCCUUACGCCGCGACGCGCUCCUCCGCCUCCGCCAACCAAUCCACCUGGGAACAGAUGCUGCUCGGCACCAACGUCAUCAUGAAAACCGUCUUCCCCCUCUUCCACAUGACGGGCGACAAGACGCUCAAGUACCGCUGGUGGCCGCGCAUGUGGUUCCACCCGCACGCGGAAGCCCUCCUGACGGCGGGCAAGCGGGCGCGCGAAGAGCAGGAAGACCCGGAUUUCAUCGCGGACAUGCACGGAAUUCGAUGGAUGCAGGCACGCCCGGACCUGGGCAAGAUGGGGCGGUACGAGGCGGGGAAGGACGGGAAAGGCGGGGCGUGGGUGGAUAAUGGGAAGUAUGUGCGCUUUGCGAACAUGUGUGGCUCGUUUGAGGAUUAUCUGUACUUGAGGAGGAGUGAGGCGGUGGAUUUGCAUUCGGAGGUGGAUAUGGAGGAGGAGGUGGAGGAGGAGGAGGGAGACGAGGGAGAUGAGGGGUGA